AUGGAAUACUCGCAGGAGCAACUGAACUUCUUCAGACUCUGUUGUGUAGUGUUUGAUUUGGUCCCAGAAGGCCUGCGGCAAAUUUUCAAAAACGAAUGGGACUUUCGUUACAAGACGCCACUCGGAGAAUGGAAAGACACGGCACAAAAUGGUCUUGAUUUCUACAACAACGAAUCGAAAUCAAGUCACAGGAAAAAUGGCCGACUGCUUGCGACAAUACAAAAUGGUAACACGGCCGAGUGGGACUGCACCUGUUUGUUUUUUGCCAUCCUGUACUCAGACAGUAUUGGUACCACCUUAAGUUCAGUUGUCCAGAAAGAGGUCGAUGAUAUUCGUCAGGUGCGAAACGAGAUCGCCCAUAUCACUGAGGGCAAACUGGCAGAUGCUGACUUCCAAACCCUAGUGGAUCGAGUGUUGAACGCUUUUACAUCCCUUGGUCUUGCUAUUACUGAAGUCCAAGAAAUAAAGAAUCAGAUGAGCUUUCCAACGACAGAAGUGGAAAAAACUAGGAAGCAAGCUCGUGAUCUCCAAGCCGAGUUAAAACAGACAAAAUGUGACUUGAAGGAAAAGGAAAGCAGACUUCAGCGUACAGAAGCUGAUCUGGUUUCUACAAAAGAAGAAAACAAGGCUCUCACUCAGGAAAUAAAUUCGAAAACUCAGCCAUUUUGCUUUCUCAAAUCGCGUCCCCCACAUGAUAUUAUCAAGCGUUUGGAUGACAUUGAAAGAAUUAAAAACAAAAUGGAGGAGCUUUACAAUGGUGCUAAGGGAGCAGUUAGUGCUGUGUAUUUGUCAGGAAAUCCAGGAUGUGGUAAGAGUCAACUUGCACGGGAAAUCGGACAGCAGUUUUAUUCUGAACGAAACGAUGACGUUAAAGAAUUGAUCUUUGUUGCGACACUGAACACUGAAAGCGUUGAAACACUUGCUGACUCUUACCUUACCCUUGCCAAACACUUACAGAUGACUGAAUACGCCUUGAAAGAGUUAGAAUCUUUAAAAAGUGAAAAGCCUCUUGAAGCAAUUCAGCAGCUCCAUCGGUUCAUCAUACCAAAAGCCAGCAAGUUUACCANACACUUGCUGACUCUUACCUUACCCUUGCCAAACACUUACAGAUGACUGAAUACGCCUUGAAAGAGUUAGAAUCUUUAAAAAGUGAAAAGCCUCUUGAAGCAAUUCAGCAGCUCCAUCGGUUCAUCAUACCGAAAGCCAGCAAGUUUACCAAAUGGCUUAUUAUUGUGGACAAUGUAAUUGACUUACGUUUAGUCCGCGGCUUGCUACCUCAAACAGGCAGCGUGGAAUGGGGCCAUGGUCAAGUCUUGAUUACCACUCAAGAUAGUGGAGUAAUUCCUCAAAACGCGCCUCAUACGUAUCAUGAAUCUUUAAGUAAAGGAAUGAAGUUAGAUGAGGCGGUGAAACUGCUGGAAACACUAACGCAAAUUUCAGAGCCAGGACAAGAAGAAAUUGUCGCAGAACUUCUCGAUUUUCAGCCACUGGCCUUAGCUGCCGCUGCUUAUUACGUGCAAACUGUUGUAAACAGUGGGUCUUUAAAUUAUGAUUGGAAAGCGUACCUCGACGACGUAUCAACAUACAGCCAAAGAAAUGAGAUUGAAAGUGUCCUUGCGACUGAGAGUUCAGCAUAUUCUAAAACAACAAUGGCCGCUGUAGAAAUGGCCAUCAAGAGAGCUGCUGACGUUGACGAGGUUCUUCGUCUGACAUUUUCUUUUCUUUCUCUUUGCGCUAAAGACGAUCUCCCCCUCGAAACUGUUUCAAAGUUCGUCAAAGCCCAAGUAAAAGACCAGCCAGAGGAGUUAAUAAAGGCAAAGAUUGUAAAGUCUUCUUUACUUCUUGUUUAUUCCGAAGAAGGAAAUAAACCAUUAACUUAUUUGCGCUUGCAUAAAAUUGUGUAUGAAGCUUUGAAGCAAGCCAAAACGUUAAACCUAAAAUCAUGGGAGAGUGACAAGUAUAUGGCAGAGGCGGUAAAGAUUUUCAAGUCUGAACUUGAAGCAAAUGGCGAAAAUUAUGCGUUUUGUAAUAAAUUGAGGCCUCAUUGUGAAUCUUUACUUAAUCACAUGACUUCAGGGUUCAGUAUGGAUCAAUGCACUUUCAAAGAAAGGUUCACGCCCUUCGUAGAUUUGGAUAUCGUUAUCGAUUGGCUGUGUGCAAUUGCCAGUGUCUGUCUUCACAAUUCUUAUUUCUUCUUCGCGAAAAAUGUGGUCAGUUUAGCAUGCAACCUAUUGGAGGGCAUAGACGAAACUAAUUCAUGUGCAUUAACUCGAACAGCGAGAAUUUUCAACGUGAGUGGUUUAGUAUACAAGACGCUGGGAAAACAUAAUCAGGCCAAAGAACUUCAUAAAAAAGCACUUGUGACUCAAAAAAAGAUUUUUGGUGAAGAUCAUGCCUCUGUAGCAACAAUUUAUAACAACCUGGCAUCAGUGUACGACAGCCUGGGAGAAUACAAUCGAGCCAAAGAACUUAACGAAAAAGCGCUUGUGAUUCACAAAAAGAUUUUUGGUGAAGAUCAUGCCGAUGUAGCAAUAAGUUAUAACAACUUGGCAUCAGUGUACGACAGGCUGGGAGAAUACAAUCAAGCCAAAGAACUUCUCAAAAAAGCAAUUGCGAUUCGCAAAAAGAUUUUUGGUGAAGAUCACGCCGAUGUAGCAGCAAGUUAUAACAAUUUGGCAUCAGUGUACAACAACCUGGGAGAAUACAAUCAAGCCAAAGAACUUCACGAAAAAGCACUUGUGAUUCAGAAAAAGAUUUUUUGUGAAAAUCAUGCCGAUGUAGCAAUAAGUUAUAACAACUUGGCAUCCAUUUACGACAGGCUGGGGGAAUACAAUCAAGCCAAAGAACUUCUCGAAAAAGCAACUGCGAUUCGCAAAAAGAUUUUUGGUGAAGAUCACGCCGAUGUAGCAAGAAGUUAUAACAACUUGGCAUCAGUGUACAACAACCUGGGAGAAUACAAUCAAGCCAAAGAACUUCACAAAAAAGCACUUGUGAUUCGCAAGAGGAUUUUUGGUGAAGAUCAUGUUGAUGUGGCAAACAGUUAUAACAAUUUGGCAGUAGUCUACGACAGGCUGGGGGAAUACAAUCAAGCCAAAGAACUUCACGAAAAAGCACUUGUGAUUCGCAAAAGGAUUUUUGGUGAAGAUCAUGCCGAUGUGUCAACUAGUUAUAACAACUUGGCAUUAGUGUACGACAUCCUGGGAGAAUACAAUCAAGCCAAAGAACUUCAAGAAAAAGCACUUGCUAUUCACAAAAAAAUUUUUGGUAAAGAUCAUGCCUCUGUAGCAACAAGUUAUAACAACUUGGCAUUAGUGUACAACAGCCUGGGAGAAUACAAUCAAGCCAAAGAACUUCACGAAAAAGCACUUGUGAUUUGCAAAAAGAUUUUUGGUGAAGAUCAUGCCGAUGUAGCAACAAGUUAUAACAACUUGGCAUCAGUGUACGUCAGGCUGGGAGAAUACAAUCAAGCCAAAGAACUUCUCGAAAAAGCAACUGCGAUUCGCAAAAAGAUUUUUGGUGAAGAUCACGCCGAUGUAGCAACAAGUUAUAACAAUUUGGCAUCAGUGUACAACAGCCUGGGAGAGUACAAUCAAGCCAAAGAACUUCACGAAAAAGCACUUGUGAUUCGCAAGAGGAUUUUUGGUGAAGAUCAUGCCGAUGUAGCAACAAGUUAUAACACCUUGGCACCCGUUUACGACAGGCUGGGAGAAUACAAUCAAGCCAAAGAACUUCUCGAAAAAGCAAUUGCGAUUCGCAAAAAGAUUUUUGGUGAAGAUCACGCCGAUGUAGGAGCAAGUUAUAACAAUUUGGCAUCAGUGUACAACAGCCUGGGAGAAUACAAUCAAGCGAAAGAACUUCACAAAAAAGCACUUGUGAUUCGCAAGAGGAUUUUUGGUGAAGAUCAUGUCGAUGUGGCAAAUAGUUGUAACAACUUGGCCACAGUGUACAACAGGCUGGGAGAAUACAGUCAAGCCAAAGAACUUCACGAAAAAGCACUUGUGAUUCGCAAAAGGAUUUUUGGUGAAGAUCAUGCCGAUGUGUCUACUAGUUAUAACAACUUGGCAUUAGUGUACGACAGCCUGGGAGAAUACAAUCAAGCCAAAGAACUUCAAGAAAAAGCACUUGUGAUUCGCAAAAGGAUUUUUGGUGAAGAUCAUGCCGAUGUAGCAGCAAGUUAUAACAACUUGGCAUCAUUGUACAAUAGGCUGGGAGAAUACAAUCAAGCCAAAGAACUUCACGAAAAAGCACUUGUGAUUCAAAAAAAGAUUUUUGGUGAAGAUCAUGCCUCUGUAGCAACAAGUUAUAACAACUUGGCAUCAGUGUACGACAACCUGGGAGAAUACAAUCAAGCCAAAGAACUUCACGAAAAAGCACUUGUGAUUCGCAAAAAGAUUUUUGGUGAAGAUCACGCCGAUGUAGCAACAAGUUAUAACAACUUGGCAUCAGUGUACUGCAGGCUGGGAGAAUACAAUCAAGCCAAAGAACUUCACGAAAAAGCACUUGUGAUUCAAAAAAGGAUUUUUGGUGAAGAUCAUGCCUCUGUAGUAACAAGUUAUAACAACUUGGCAUCAGUGUACGACAGGCUGGGAGAAUACAAUCAAGCCAAAGAACUUCACGAAAAAGCGCUUGUGAUUCACAAAAAGAUUUUUGGUGAAGAUCAUGUCUCUGUAGCAACAAGUUAUAACAACUUGGCAUCAGUGUACGACAGGCUGGGAGAAUACAAUCAAGCCAAAGAACUUCACGAAAAAGCACUUGUGAUUCGCAAAAGGAUUUUUGGUAAAGAUCAUGCCGAUGUAGCAACAAGUUAUAACAACUUGGCAUCAGUGUACGACAGCCUGGGAAAAUACAAUCAAGCCAAAGAACUUCACGAAAAAGCACUUGUCAUUUGCAAAAAGAUUUUUGGUGAAGAUCAUGUCUCUGUAGCAACAAGUUAUAACAACUUGGCAUCAGUGUACGACAGGCUGGGAGAAUACAAUCAAGCCAAAGAACUUCACGAAAAAGCACUUGUGAUUUGCAAAAAGAUUUUUGGUGAAGAUCAUGCCGAUGUAGCAAGAAGUUAUAACAACUUGGCAUCAGUGUACGGCAGCCUGGGGGAUUACAAUCAAGCCAAAGAACUUCACGAAAAAGCUUUUGUGAUUCGCAAAAAGAUUUUUGGUGAAGAUCAUGCCUCUCUAGCAACAAGUUAUAACAACUUGGCAUCAGUGUACGACAGGCUGGGAGAAUACAAUCAAGCCAAAGAACUUCACGAAAAAGCACUUGUGAUGCGCAAAAAGAUUUUUGGUGAAGAUCAUGCCGAUGUAGCAGCAAGUUAUAACAACUUGGCAUCAGUGUACCACAGCCUGGGAGAAUACAAUCAAGCCAAAGAACUUCUCGAAAAAGCACUUGUGAUUCUCCAAAAGACUUUUGGAGAAUAUCAUGCCGAUGUAGCAACAAGUUAUUACAACUUGGCAUCAGUGUACGACAGCCUGGGAGAAUACAAUCAAGCCAAAGAACUUCACGAAAAAGCACUUGUGAUUCGCCAAAAGAUUUUUGGUGAAGAUCAUGCCUCUGUAGUAACAAGUUAUUACAACUUGGCAUCAGUGUACUGCAGGCUGGGAGAAUACAAUCAAACCAAAGAACUUCUAGAAAAAGAAUUGAGGAUUUCCGAGAAGAUUUUCGAUGAAGAUCAUUGUUACGUGGAAAGAGUUCGUAACGACUUGGCAUUAUUGAGCCACUAUCAAAGAGUCGGU